AUGUCUUCUCUACCCAUUGAGAAAGCUCCGCAGACAAUAGAAGCCGAGGAAAACCCCAGAAAACCAGACAACGCGGCUGGAUCUGAGUCCAUACGUCAGAAAUGGUAUGAGUGGUUUGCGCCAACAGAUACCCCGGCCGAGCGGCGGCUGAUCCUCAAGCUCGACGGAUUGAUCAUCGUCUUCGUCUUCCUGGCGCACUGGGCCAAGGUCUUGGAUUCCUCGGCUACAAGCACAGCCUAUGUGUCUGGUAUGAAGGAGGAUUUGAAGCUGUUUGGGAAUCAAUUGAACUAUCUGCAGACCGUCUACAUGGUUGGCUUUAUUACUAUGCAGAUUCCUCUGACAUUGUUGAUGACUCGCUGCCCCGUCAAUUAUUUCCUGCCUGCCGCCGAUCUACUCUGGGGUGUCUUCACGCUGGCGCAAUACAAGGCCAGCAAUGUCACCCAGCUCUACGCUCUCCGGUUCUUUGUCGGUGCCCUCGGCGGCUUUUUCUUCCCUGCUGUGCAGUGGUACUUGGGCAGCUGGUACAAGCGCUCAGAAUUGUCCCGUCGAGGCGCAAUCUUCUUCAUUGCCUCUCAGGUCGGCAGCAUGAGCUCGGGGUACAUUCAAGCGGGAGCUCAUGCCACGCUUGAUGGUCGGUAUGGGGUCGAAGGGUGGAGAUGGCUGUACAUCAUUUGCUUUGCAUGCACAAUCCCAAUCGCCUUCUUAGGCCUAUGCAUUCUCCCCAGCACACCGGACAAGUGUAACUCGCGCUUCCUCAGUGCUGAUGAGAUCCGUCUGGCACAAGAGCGCAUGGCAUCCGAGAACCGCGAAGCCCGCCAACCUUUCACCAAGUCCAGGAUUCUCCAGAUCUUGAAAGGCUGGCGACUUUGGGUUCUCGUUGCAUUUGCCUUCUUUUUCUCACAGGCAGACGGCGUAUCCUCGAACAGCGGCCUACCGAUCUGGCUUAAGGAGGAGGGAUAUUCAGUUGAGAGCAUUAAUACAAUCACGACAGUCUUGCCGGCGGUUACCAUUGUAGCCUCUGUGAUCUGUGGAGUUUUAUCUGAUUUGUACGAUGCGAAGGCUAGCUUGAUUGCUGCCACUGCUGCGCUGAAUAUCUUUGCUUGCAUCGUGCUCGCUAUUUGGAAUGUCCCUGUCGGACUGAAGUUUUUUGCGUUCUUCCUGUCUGGCACCGCGAACGGCAUUGCGGCUAUUAUUUAUGCCUGGGCAAAUGAGAUUUGUGCUCAUAGUGCUGAGGAGCGUGCUCUUGUCAUCAGUGCAAUGAAUACCAUUGGCAACACCUUUGGGGCUUGGAUUCCACUUUUCGUGUGGAAGACUGUUGAUGCUCCGAGGUAUCUUAUUGGAUAUAACUGGACUAUUGCCCUCGAUGUGUGCAUGCUAGCUAUGUUAGCUGUUCUAUGCCAAUUUUGGGCUCGCGAAAAGAAGCGAUCUCAUAUAUAG